AUGAAGCCCGAGAGCCUAAUUGCGUCGGCGGCUAUUAACUUUGGCCUGGCCUUAAUAGUUCUUUCACUUUUCUCCGUAUUCAAAAAACAGCCAUCAAAUGCUCCAAUAUACUACGCUCGUCGUCUCUCCAAAAAACGACACAUUCCAUUUGAUCCCUCUAUCACUCUCUGUCGUUUCCUCCCUUCUAUUUCUUGGAUUCCUCGCGCCUUUCGAGUCAACGAAGAUGAAAUUCUCCAAAUCAGUGGCCUGGAUGCCCUAAUCAUCAUCAGACUCUUUAAAUUUGGUAUCAAUUUCUUUGGAGUUUGCUCGCUAAUUGGUUUCGUAAUUCUUCUCCCUGUUAAUUAUGGAGGAGAAGAUGAGCCAUCAAGGGUCUCCCUUUCCUUGGAUGCUUUUACUAUAUCUAACGUUGUUAGAGGUUCCAACAGGCUUUGGGUGCAUUUUUCCUGUCUGUGGUUUGUAUCUUUCUAUGGAUUAUACCUGUUGUAUAAGGAAUACAAUGAAAUUUUGGUUAAAAGGGUCCAACGACUUCGGGACUUGAGAUAUCGACCUGAUCAGUUCACUGUUCUUGUUCGGCAAAUUCCUUUAUGCACUGAACACAAGGCUUAUGGGUGUUCUGUUGAUCACUUCUUCUCUAAAUAUCACCCUAAAACUUAUCAUUCUCGUCAAAUGUUAUAUGAUGGAAAAGAAAUUGAAGAUCUGUUGAAACAGGCAAAACAUGUUAGAAAGAAGAUUGAGGACUUGCGAGGGAAAUCCCCAGUCAAGAAGCAUGGCAAAGAAUGUUUGCUCAAAGACACACCUGGAGAAGAUAGUUUCAAAAUUUUGUUGCUUGAGGAAACAGUUCAAGAAAUCUUUCAUAAGAUUCACCAAUUGCAGGGUGAAAAUAUGCUCAAAGGCAAGGAGUUGCCAGCUGCCUUUGUCACCUUUAAAUCCCGAUGGGGUGCUGCAUUAGCUGCCCAAUCUCAGCAGCACCCACAUCCGCUUUUAUGGAUCACUGAGAUGGCUCCAGAACCAAGGGAUGUCUCUUGGAGCAGCCUGGCAAUUCCAUUUAAAAUUUUGCCACUUCACAAAAUUGGAGUUGUCGUUUCAGCAUCACUCCUUACACUUUUCUUUGCAGUUCCAGUUACAGCUGUUCAAGGAAUAGCCAAAUUUGAGAAGUUAAAGAAAUGGUUCCCUCCGGCCAUGGCCGUAGAGCUGAUACCAGGAGUAAGUUCUAUUCUGACAGGUUAUCUUCCAAGUGCUAUUCUCAGAGGAUUUAUAUAUGUUGUUCCCUUUGCAAUGCUUGGCAUGGCUAGAAUUGGUGGUUCCAUCUCAAAGAGCAAAGCUGAGAUAAAAGCUUGCAAUAUGGUUUUCUAUUUUCUAUUAGGAAAUGUAUUCUUUUUGAGUUUGAUAUCAGGAUCCUUACUUGAAGAAAUUGGAGAAUAUUUCUCUCAUCCUAAGAACUUUCCUAGUCAUCUUGCAAGUGCUGUCUCUGCUCAAGCUGAUUUCUUUAUGACGUACAUCUUAACAGAUGGCCUGUCAGGAUUUUCUUUGGAGAUCCUUCAGCUUGGCAUGCUCUUAUUGGAUUCUAUAAAGUUACACACAUCUGGCCGAGGAGACAAUGAAAAUCCUUAUCUGUAUUCACUGCCCUACUAUAGAAUCAUUCCUUCAGUCUCCCUGUCAAUACUGAUCGGCAUGGUAUAUGCUGUUGUCGCGCCAUUGCUGCUUCCACUGCUUGUGGGCUACUUCUGUCUAGGCUACAUUGUAUAUGUCAACCAGAUUGAAGAUGUAUAUGAAACUGUUUAUGAGACUUGUGGCCGAUAUUGGCCAUACAUCAAUCACUACAUAUUCAUUGCUAUUAUCCUAAUGCAAAUUACAAUGAUUGGCCUUUUCGGACUGAAGUCGAAACCAGCCACAUCCAUAGCCACAGUUCCUCUCUUAUUAAUGACUAUAACAUUCAAUGAGUAUUGCAAGAUCCGUUUUCUUCCUACAUUUUCCCAUUAUUCUAUCAAGGAUGCUUUUGAUCAUGAUGAGCUAGAUCAGAAGACUGGUGAGUUUGAAAUCAACUAUGAGCAUGCAAGAAAUGCUUAUCUCCAACCUAGUUUGCGGAGAGCAAACUCGAUGCCAUCACAGUCCAGCUUAACGCAAGCAUUGGUUUCUUCAGUAUGAGUUAAGUUGAAGUAUUUUAGCAAAAUUUGUUUUUUCUCUACUUUUCUUCUUUUCUUUUGUAUUUGUUCUUCCUUUGUACAGUUUAUCUAAAACUUCUUUCUUGUGAAGAGAGCAUAAUUGAAGGGAAUAUUAGAAUAAGAAGAGGGAGAUUGUUGCUGUUAAAUAGGAAUAUUGGAAGGGCAAAUUACUAUGAAAUCGAAAGUACUAUUUUGUUCA